AUGGCAAAUAAUCGAAACUUUUAUAAUGUUUAUCACGGAAGCAAUUCUACAUUCCAAAAUCAAUAUCCAAACCCACUACCUACUCCUCCACCCCCUCCUGUCACCCCUUUUUCUUUAACGCCUCAAUUGACUGAUCAAGAAUUUGUUAAGAAAUUUGAACGUCAUAUCAGAUCGAUACAACAUACUAAGACAAAAGAUAUAAGUAUUGGGCAAUUGAAGGAAAAACUAACAACAUUAAUGUUGCAAUUGAAAGAAAUACAAGAGAAACACAAGGACUUAUCAGAAAAUGUUGAUAAAUACACAGAAGAAGAAUGGAAGUCUAUAAUGUACACUGUUAUGGAGAAAAAGGCUAUAAUCAAUGGAAUAAUUACACAAUUUGAUAGUCCAUACAUGGAGUUAGCUAGGAAGUCUUUGGCAAAAAGGUCAGCUAAACGGUUGCGUAUGAAAAGAUUGCGAGAAGAAAGAAAACUGGAAAAGAUAGAAAGAAUAAAAGAAAAUGAGGAACGGUCUAGAAAGAUUGAUGAGGAUCUGCAAAAGAUAAAGGAUGAUUUACUCAAGGAAGAACAAGCUAAAUUAGAGGCAGAUACAGUACUGAAGGAUGUAAUCAGAAAGAAGAAUGACACGAAAAAGUGUUUAGCUAAAUUGGAUGCUCUUUUAAAGUUGCGGCAAGCAAGACAGAACACAGCCAAAGGCAGGGGUCAAAAUAUAUCCGAUAAUGAAACUGAUGCCUUCCAAAAAAAUAUUGAAAAGCUAAAAACCCUAUGGAUGCAAAGGCUAGAAAUGUAUGAUAAAGAGGAAACCAAUCUGCGGACUCAGCUGACCAAAGCAGCAAAACCAGUUGAUGAUGCCAUACAAAUAGACACUGUUUUGGAUGAAUGGAGGCAGGUGCUUUUUGGUGGGGCGAACCCACAGGUUGAUUUUAAUGGAGAUAGUGACAAGUUUGUUUCCGUCAGGUCCCAAUGGGAUCAAUACAUUGACAGUGAAGGCACUCCGCUUCCACCUGGAUGGGUUGUCAACAUAUAAGUUUGGAUUGUAUUUACAGGCUUUCAAUACAUUUGAUAUUUUUUGCAUUUAUAUCGCUUCCUAAUAAAUAAUUUGAUAAAA